AUGCGAGUUUUUAAACCACCAAAUAUUUAUGGCAUUACAGGAAAUGAGAAGGAGGACUGCUGUACUACCCUUCAUUAUCGAAAUGUUCAAUGCUUAACUGACAAUGAAGGUCAAAUUUGUGGUACUUUUCCACAAUUUCCACAAACAUUUACUUUACGAGAACUAUUCAAUAAUAUUGUUGAUAUGUAUCAUGAUCGCCCGCUUAUAGGUACAAAACCAACAGAUGAUCGAGAAGAUUACGAAUGGAUGACUUAUGGUGACUUCGAUUCUCUCGUUAAAAAGCUUUCAGCUUCAUUAAUUCAAAGAAAUUUUAACGAAACUACGAUUACAGGAGUUUUUAUUGAAAAUUCUGAAUGGUUUGCUGUUGUUCAAUGGGCUUUAGCAUAUAUUGGAUCGAUUUUCUUCCCUAUUGAUGUUGAUUUUCCACUCCCUAUUACAUAUAGUAUCAUAGAAACCUAUAAAUGCUCAGUUGUAUUUUGUACUGCUUAUACUUUCCAGAAAUUAUUCGAUUUACUAUUACAAGAACAACCAGAUACUCUUAAAGAGAUCAUUGUUGCCUGCGAUGAACAAGAAUUUUCUCAAUUACAAUCAGAUUUUCAAAGUGAACUGAAUUCCAUCGGUUCAAUCCCAAUCAUUCCGAUUUAUACACUAUUUAUGUCUAAGGUUAAAGACUUAUCUAAUCUUCCUGCUCAAUACGCAAACUCAACUUGCGUUUAUAACGUUACAUCAGGUCGUGGUGGCAGAAUUACAGCAUGCAUCCUGACGCACUCCAAUCUCAUUGCUGCUGCAGCUGGUCUAGCUUCUUGUGGCUAUGAUUUUUCGACUGCAAUUUACUAUUCAAGCAUUUCAAUGGUCAAACCAGUCGAAAGAGCAGUUGAACUUGCAAUUAUGGCUAGUGGUGGUUGCAUAGGAUUUAGCCAUUCCCCUGCUGUUGAAGCAUUAUCUCAAAUUCGACCUACAUUAGCAGCAUUUACACCACAAACUUUGAACGAUGUUGCAGAAUCAUUAAUAUUAAGUGCUCAUAAGUCGAAUGCCUUCAAAAGAUUCUUCCUUGAUUUCGGAUUUUCAAUUAUUGCACAAUGUCUUGAAAGCGGAAGCGAAGUUCCAUGGUCAUUACGCGAAUUGAUUGUCAGACCAUUCCAAGAAAAGGCUGGUGGCCGACUACGAACAGUAAUUUCUACCGGAGAUUAUUUAGAACCGAGUACUUUGCAUUUAGUAAGGGUUAUGCUAUCAGUACCUGUCAUACAGAUAUAUGGAUGUGCAGAAACCGCGGGAGUUAUCUCUGUUUCGAGUUUGACGGAUUCUGAUUGCAUGAGCAUCGGAGCUCCAACGCUUUGCUGCGAAGUAAAACUCAAAGACUUCAAUGAUGCAAACUAUAUCGUCAGCAGAAUGGAUCCAGGACAAAUCUUUGUCAGAGGUCCAAAUGUUUUUGCAGGAUACUUCAGAAAUUCAUCGCUUACUGCUGAAAGGCUUAAGGAUGGAUGGUUUGCAACCGGAGACUUAGGAAAAAUGAGGACAAAUGGAACUCUUGAAAUUGUUGAGCCAAUUGCUGAUUGGAGAAGAAGAAAGCAAAGGAAGUAA